AUGUAUGCGGAUAUCAGCAAGCCCCCUGCGCCACUGCCAAAGGCUGAAUCACAGUGCAUCAGCGAGGGCAUCACGUUGCUACCGCCGCUCUCGCGCCGAGGCUAUGGAAAGGGCCUCAUUAUACUGCAACAUGAUUCGACGCAACACCUGGAAGUUGUUGAAGGAGUCCCCUCUGCUCUCAUCAAGUGGGCGGAAGAGGGUUUCGUCGUGGUGGAGAUCCAAGCCAAGGCGUUGACUAAUCCAAGCCUUGCCACAGAUGUCUUACAGACUGCUUUGAAAGCAUUGAAGGACUGCAGCAAGCUGGAGAAAGAUAGCAAGGUCGGAGUCGUCGCAUUUGACCCAACGUUAUGGAAUCAGAUCGCUGGGGUGGCUUGCAUCUUCCCGGAUAUCGUGGGAGCUGUUGUAUACGCAGAUUCCAGUGAUGAAAGUAUCCUCAAGAAAUCCAAGAUCCCCAUGUUGUGUCACCUUGCUGGUGGCCAAGCACCGCCUGAGGCAAAGAAGACCGAGGGCAUCACCACGUAUCGAUACGCAAAGGCUAAGUCACUCAGGCUUGCGACGCCAUUUCAUGAAGAUUUUGAUUACUGGUCAGAGUCUCUGUCUCACACCAGAAAUUUGACAUUUCUCAAGCCGCUUAUUGGCGGGCCGUACUUCGAUCUCGAGGCUAUCUGGGAUGAGCAUACAUAUUAUGAGUUCGCGGACCGCUCUGUUGAGCAUACCAUGAGCACCAUGGUUGAUCAACCAUACGUGAACCAUGUUCCCACACUGACGGGUGGCAUCGGACGAGGGCCAUUGACACAAUUCUACCGCAACAACUUCAUUUUCAAUAACUCUCAAGACACAGAGUUAGAACUCAUCAGCCGCACACUCGGUAUUGACCGGGUUGUGGACGAGUUCAUCUACAAGUUCACACAUGACACGGUGGUCGAUUGGCUGUGA